AUGAUACACAUAUUGUUACUGGUUAUGUGUUUGGUGACCAUUAUUACUGGUCACAGAGAUCAUGGUAUGCAGAGUGGAUUGAAAGAAGAUUUGGAAUUGGAGAGGCAAUUAAACAUCCUUAACAAGCCUCCUAUAAAGAGUAUUCAUACAAAGUCAGGAUAUAUAAUUGAUUGUAUUGACAUUAACAAACAACCUGCUUUUAAUCAUCCUUUGUUAAAAAAUCACAAAUUACAGAGAAAAUCAAUUUUUGAAAGAAACAUUAGUGAAACUAGAGGUCAGAAUUCACGAAUCAAGUCAAAAUUCAUAUUUGAAAAAUUUGCUCGUGUGUAUCUUUCAAGAAUUGGUGCUCCUUAUUAUGGAGUAAGUGGAACUACUAGUGUUUGGAAUCCAAAUGUUUAUAAAGGUCAAUCAAGCGCAAGUCAUUUAUAUGUUAAAAGAGGAGAAGGAGAUAACAUUGACAAAAUCUCAAUCGGAUGGCAUGUGUUUCCCGAAUUAUAUAAUGACAACCAAACACAUUUAUACUUGUUUUGGAUGUCAGGUAAAAAUGGAUGCUUUAAUAUGUUAUGCAAAGGUUUCAUUCAAGUUGAUAGAUCAUACACUUUUGGUGCACGUAUAUCUGUAACAUCUACUUUUGGCGGAACCAUAAUGGAAAUGCCACUUCAAAUUGCACAGGAUAAAGGAGGCAAUUAG